CUCUAAAUUAACAGAUAUCCCCGUAGUUGGCCAAGCUAAACCUUGAAUUUGAAAGGUCGUGUGCAGUGCACAUCUAGAUCUCGAAAGACCACCUGCCGCAAGUCGUGACACGAAAUUGUACAGUACAAUCCAUUCAAUUUCUUGCCAUUGUGAACCUCGUCGCGAAUUUUUUCCACAGCUUGCUCUCAACAGUACUGCCAGAUUCAACUCGCUCUCCGCAACACGUCAAGAUGGACAACAUGGAGACCGAACAGACCCCUUUUGCGGCCGUCACAGCCCAAACCUCGAAGCUCCAGAUGCAAUACCAAGCGCUUCUGGACAAGUCGACGCCAUUUACUCUGUACAGAUGGGUUGGAACAGGCGCCCUUCUGAUGGUCUUCUUCCUGCGCAUCUUCCUGGCGCAAGGCUGGUACAUCGUGGCAUACGCAAUGGGCAUCUACCUUCUCAACCUGUUCCUCGCCUUCCUCCAGCCUAAGUUCGACCCCUCCAAUGAAGCGAUGGAUAAUGCCGACGACAUGGAGGACGGAUCUGCCGGCGGGCUGCCUACCAAGCAAGACGAGGAGUUUCGCCCCUUCAUCCGACGGCUUCCCGAGUUCAAGUUCUGGCACGCGGCCACUCGCGCCGUCGCCAUUGCCUUCCUCUGCAGCUGGUUCGAGGUCUUCAACGUCCCCGUCUUCUGGCCCGUUCUGGUCAUGUACUGGAUGAUCCUCUUCGUCCUCACCAUGCGCAAGCAGAUCCAACACAUGAUCAAGUACAAAUACGUCCCCUUCACGCUCGGAAAGGCCAAGUAUGGCAAGAGCAGCACCUCAUAGGUUGGCGUCUGCUGAAAUAGCCGUGGAUCUGCGAGAUGGGCCCCUAUGAGGUG